UCGAAAAUCACCCUUGCCCGCGGGGCAAGAGCCCGGAGUCCCGGAGUCACGCUCCGGCAAUUCCACAACCCUCAGUUCAGGCUUUGCCGAACAGAUGGCGGUGCUCAACCACCAUUUGUUUAUUUUUACCCUCAUUACCCACUCCCCGCACCUGUCAAUGUCCUAAUAUCAGCUGUCUGUUCCGACAAGCGAUUAUUAUGCGAAGCCUUCGAUAAUGUCUAUUGUUUGCGAAGAAGUCUUCGAUGAGACGAGCCACCCCUCAGCUGAAGAAAUCCGGGACUAUGCCGCUAAAAUUGGGAUCGACCCGGACUCCGAGCCUCAAUUGCUCCCACUUGCGGCGGAGGGCCUCAUGAAGGCUUUGCCCCCCGGCUGGAAACCCUGUUAUGACGACAAGUCAAAAUCGUACUACUACUAUAACAAUAGCACCGGAAAAACCCAAUGGGAGCACCCCCUCGACGACGUUUACCGGGGUUUGGUGAGAAAAGUCCGCGCCGAAAGCCAAUCUUUGAGUAUCGGUGAACCCACCGAGGAUGCGACCUACGCCCGGGAUGAAAUACCAAGUUUUGAGGAACCUCCAAAACUCACCAAACUCAAACUAUCGCCACUCAAAACCAGUCCCAAACACGAGUCGAAACUCCUCAAACAACGCUCCGAGGAGCAUUUACUCUCCUCUCGGAAGAUCAGCCUUAACGUUUUCAACAGUUUCGACGAGAAAAUCAAUUUUGAGAAACAUCCGCGAGUGUUGGAUAAACCCGAAUUGAAGAUCAGUGGCGGAGGAUCGAUGUUUUUGAAAUGUAAUACUAAGAAAGGCGCUGAGUUGAGUCCUGCGAAGAGUGACUCCCCGGAUGCGCAAAACCAACCCCGGAGCAUCCUCCGGGAACGCAAUUCGUUGGAAGUGUCCCGAAGUAUGGAUUUCGACAAGAUUUCCUUAGACAAAUCGGAGAAAGACGAUGACGAUAAGAAAAGUGUGCGAUUUAACCUUGACACCAACACGGAUGUUGGUUUCACCUUUUCUGAUAAAUCAACUUCAAGUGAUGAUGAUGUAGGGAAUGAUAUUAUCAACGUUAAGGUGACUCCGGGUAAGCCCAAAUCCCGGUUUACCGUAAGUCUGGUCCCGGAAACCGAGAAGAAACUGAUUAAACCCAACCCGACUGACUUUAUUAAACCGAAAUUGACAAUCAGUAAAGGCUCGGAUUCGGAGGAUGACUCUUUGAAGAGCAACGGUUCAGAUGAACCUCCUGUUCAUACCAAAGUUUUGACGAAGAAACUUGAAGAAAAGGCAGAGAAGAAAAUCGCCCAAUUGAAACAGAACAUUUGGGAGGAGAAAAACGACGAAUUGGUGAAGUUCCGAGAUGACUUACAAGAGUCGCAAAAGGAGGAGCUCGAACGCAUUUUGAUAAAUGCGAAAAGUGACCAUGAGGACAGGAUCAAAUCCGAGUUGGAGAAUUUGCGAAUUGAGAUGGAGAAUCGAAAUAAAGGGGCACUAAACGAGGAGAGGAUCAAGUUUGAGAAGUUACUGGAGGAAGCGAGAAAGAAGUUUGAGUUGGAGUUUGAGGAGGAGCAAAAACAGAUGAAAGAGAAGUUUGAAGCGAAGAAAGAAGAGUUGGAGAGGUACUACGAGGAGAAGUUGGUCGAAAUUGAAAAGGAAUUAGCCGAAAGAAUGGAGAAAAAUCGUGAUGAGAUGAUAUUGACGCACAAUUCGAAUGUUGAUCAGUUGAAACAAAACCACUCUAUUAUUAUUGAGGAGUUGAAGAAGGGGUUCAAGGCUGAAGAGGAUGCUUUGAGACGGGACCAUAAGGCUGUGAUUGAGGAACUAAAGACUAGUAAAGUAGAAGAUAAGAAAGAUGACAAGUAUGAGAAAAUCCGGUGUGAGAAACGACUGCUAGAAGAUAAGUACCGCUGUUUGAAAGAUAAGUAUUUGAGACUGAAAACCGAUGUUAAAAUGUCAAUCGAGAAGAGGAACAAAAGGAAGGAACAAAGCGGAGCGACAACAACCACGGGGUCGGAAACGGAACGCAGCCACUCCAACAACAAAGACAGGACUCCGCUGAAUUCACCAUUACGUAAACCCCCACGAUCCGAGGCGAAAAAACCCGAACAUAGAGCAACCCGCCAACUCAUUAUCCAAGACUUAGACACUUCGAUUAGCGACAAAAGUGAAAAUAAAAAAGAUUAUGAUUCCAGUGAUUCCACCAAUCCGGGCCGUAGCCGGAAAAAAAUCUUCUCCCGAUUGAAAAGCUCCUCAACUUCGAGAAUCAAUACAGGGUCGAAAUCGCGUCGCAACCAACGGUCCUGCUCCCCUGUUGAGAAUUUGAGGCGGCAGCUGCAGAAAUUGGAGGAUUUGGAGGACCAGUUCCCUCAAAAUCCGCAGAGCGACACUUAUCAUUUGAGGUAUCCAUUUUCCGACGGUCAAAAAUUUGAGGGGAGUUCCGAAUUGGAGUUUUUUCGACAUAGGAUACACUUGGAGCGGGAUUCAAUCAAGCGGGCCAAAGAGAGUUUGAGGAAUCAGAAAUCGCUCUUCCAGCAGAGACAGAAAGAGUUGAAGUUGAAACACGGGUCAAUGGCGAGACAUACGUUGCAGCAGUUGUGUCAGGAGGAGAAAGAGUUAACUGAUAUGGAGGUGUCUCUUCACCGCACGAGGAGUCUUUUAGGGGAGAAGGUUAUCAGGUUGAGACACUUGGAACAGUCGUUGCAAAGGGCCACGAUGACGGCAGAAAACCGUCAAGAGGACGCAACCCUGAGCGACAUUUCCUCACAUAGUGCCAGUUCCGGGAUAAGCUCGACUGAAUUCGCCACCGCUGAUCCCAACCCCGGGAAGGGUUUCAUCCACGGGGAGCACCUCCAAGAGUCUUCUGAGAUAAUCCAAAGUUUGGAGAACUUGAAUUCGGAAAUUCGGGAAAUCUGGGAUGUUUUGAGGAAGCAGCAACAACAAGGCGGAAUUUCGGUAAUACCACCCCUAGUCUACCCUGACUUAGGUUGGCCGCUGUUAGCAGGGGCUGCGACCGUUCCAGCACCGCCGUCCAUCCCCACGUUGGCCGACCGCUUGCACAACUACCGCCAACAUGUGGCUCUAGCCAACGCUCAAAGCACGGUGGUGACUCACGCGAAUCAGGGGGCCACCACUACUCUAGUCGAGAGAACGAGGAAUCUAAGACAUUGGUUGAGACAAGCCGGGGUUGAUGGUAAUAUGGAGGGCAGUACGCCACAAGCAACGCUUUGAAAUGUACAACAGUACAAAUUAUGUUGAGGUUUUUAGAUUUUAUCGGCCCGGAAGGCCAUUUGUUAGGAUAGUAAAAAAUUGUUUCAGGCCUCUAAAAAAUGCAUGUUUCUCUCUAGACGCUUCAUCUAUUAAAAAUUUUAUACGCCUUGUAACGGACUGACGGGAAAUCGCGAUGUGAUAGCCUCAUUUCAAUUAUCAAUCUCCAAAAUUCUUGCCUUAUUCAUUUACAAGUCCAUUGUACCUAAGAAAGAACACGAACAAAUAGUGCCAAUCAAUCUCCGACUGUUAGGAAAGGUUUAAAGUCUAGUCAUUGUAUCCAGCACAUGUAAAUAAUCAAUGUUUAAGGAAUAAAAGAAUCAAAA